GCGCAGGCGCGUCGCGGCGGCAGGGGCGGCAGGGCCGCAGGAGGAGGCGGCAGUGGCCAGCGCGGCGGGGCCGGGCCUGUGGCUGACAAGGGGUCAUCGUUAGGGGACUCCUGAGGUCCUGUCCCCAGGCUGCGGUGACUGCACUUUCCCUGGAGUGGAAGCUGCUGGAAGGCAGACCAGCCACCAUGUCCACGUUCCGGCAGGAGGACGUGGAGGACCACUAUGAGAUGGGGGAGGAGCUGGGCAGCGGCCAGUUUGCGAUCGUGCGGAAGUGCCGGCAGAAAGGCACGGGCAAGGAGUACGCGGCCAAGUUCAUCAAGAAGCGCCGCCUGUCGUCCAGCCGGCGUGGGGUGAGCCGGGAGGAGAUCGAGCGGGAGGUGAACAUCCUGCGGGAGAUCCGGCACCCCAACAUCAUCACCCUGCACGACAUCUUCGAGAACAAGACGGACGUGGUCCUCAUCCUGGAGCUGGUCUCCGGUGGGGAGCUCUUCGACUUCCUGGCGGAGAAGGAGUCGCUGACGGAGGACGAGGCCACCCAGUUCCUCAAGCAGAUCCUGGAUGGCGUCCACUACCUGCACUCCAAGCGCAUCGCGCACUUUGACCUGAAGCCAGAAAACAUCAUGCUGCUGGACAAGAACGUGCCCAACCCGCGCAUCAAGCUCAUCGACUUUGGCAUCGCGCACAAGAUCGAGGCGGGGAGCGAGUUCAAGAACAUCUUUGGCACCCCGGAGUUUGUGGCCCCAGAGAUUGUAAACUACGAGCCGCUGGGCCUGGAGGCGGACAUGUGGAGCAUUGGAGUCAUCACCUACAUCCUCCUGAGCGGUGCAUCCCCAUUCCUGGGCGAGACCAAGCAGGAGACGCUCACCAACAUCUCGGCUGUGAACUACGACUUUGAUGAGGAAUACUUCAGCAACACCAGCGAGCUGGCCAAGGACUUCAUUCGACGGCUGCUUGUCAAAGAUCCCAAGCGGAGAAUGACCAUUGCCCAGAGCCUGGAACAUUCCUGGAUUAAGGCGAUCCGGCGGCGCAACGUGCGUGGGGAAGACAGCGGCCGCAAGCCGGAGCGGCGGCGCCUGAAGACCACGCGGCUGAAGGAGUACACCAUCAAGUCGCACUCCAGCAUGCCGCCCAACAACAGCUACGCCAACUUCGAGCGCUUCUCAAAGGUGCUGGAAGAGGUGGCGGCGGCCGAGGAGGGCUUGCGUGAGCUGGAGCGCAGCCGGCGGCUCUGCCACGAGGACGUGGAGGCGCUGGCCGCCAUCUACGAGGAGAAGGAAGCCUGGUACCGCGAGGAGAGUGACAGCCUGGGCCAGGACCUGCGGCGGCUGCGGCAGGAGCUGCUCAAGACCGAGGCGCUCAAGCGCCAGGCGCAGGAGGAGGCCAAGGGCGCGCUGCUGGGGACCAGCGGCCUCAAGCGCCGCUUCAGCCGCCUGGAGAACCGCUACGAGGCGCUGGCCAAGCAGGUGGCCUCCGAGAUGCGCUUCGUGCAGGACCUGGUGCGCGCCCUGGAGCAGGAGAAGCUGCAGGGCGUGGAGUGCGGGCUGCGCUAGGCACACGGGUAGGCCGGGCCCUGGGAUGGCUGGAGCUCAGCCUGGGGUUGGGGCGCCUCCUGUGGACACUGCUCCUCCACCCGUUGCCCCUGUACCAGCCCUUCCCCAGUGCCCCCAGCCUGGAGGUGGAGUGGGAGCAGCUGUCCCGUAGGUUUGUAAGUUCGCAGGCAGGGGUGGGUGUGGGACGGGGUUGCUUCUCUGUGCAGCUUCUACACUGGGCCUCCUCAUUGUGCCUGUGUCAUCGGUGACACCGGGCAGCACGGCCUUGGGUGCUGUGAGGGUUGGGACCCAGGACUGGACCAGCCACUGUGUUGCCGAGACAGCAGUGGCCCGAGUGCAGCCCUGGUCCAGGCCUGGAGGAGGGAGGAGGGUUCUCAGGCAGUUCGGAGGGGUGCCACCUGCUGCUGCCUCUAGCCCAGGAGGAGGUUGUGGGAUGGGGAGGGUAGGGUGGAUGGCGGGCUGGAACCCAGCUGGAACUGCUGCUGGGUGGUGCCAGGCUUUGGGACCUGCAGAGGGCUUGGUGGGGUCUUCUGCCGUCCCAGCCGAGGCCCGUCCCCCGAGUGCAGAGGUCCGUUGCCUCGGACCCUUGCAUGAGCCCCAUUUUCUCACACUCGAGCACAGCUAGGCAAGAGUGGCCCUCUGCGGCCAAGAGAAAUAAAACCCUGGCUUCCUGAUA